AUGGUCAGCAACGGCAAGCGACGUCGCGCGCCGAGCGAUGAUAGCGACGAGGAGCAGAAGACACAGCGCACAGACACUGUGGAUGACGAAGAGGACGAGGAGGAGACGUCUCCACGCCGUCCAAAGGCUCGCGCAGCUCCUCCCGGACGCAAUCGCAAGGGUUUCCUAGAGAACUCGCAACUAACCGAGAAGGACCGUCGCCACGUGCGUUACAAGGAGCGCGAGCUGUUGCAGAGCAUCAAGGAGAACGCCAAUGACCUAGCCAAGAUCACGAGCGACACGUUCGACACGCACACGCAGGAGCUGGACCAGAUGUACGACAGUGUGUGCUACCCUCGCGAGGCCAAUCUGGACGCCAGUAACUUGGACGAACUCAAUGUGGCGGUGGCUAAACAGUCACAAGCACUGGGUUCCAGCGACCUCACCAAGUAUGACACGACGGAUUUGAUCCGCGCGACGCAAAACGCGUGCACGAUGGAGUCGCAGAACGGGGAAUUCGACUGGAACACACUGGGAAAUGCAGCUGGAGCCUGUUUCCGAUCCGUCCCGGAGAGUAGUUUCCUGUUUGGGCUGAUGGAUACGGAGGUGGUUCGCAAGGAGAGAAAGAAAGCGAGACGAGCACAGGAAGAUGUAAACGCACAAGAAGCGCAGCCUACGGAGUAUACCAACAAGAAAGACCGCAAGGACGCACAAGCGCGUCGAUUGGAGAUCUUGCAGAGCAAGUUGAGCGAAGGAGAGCGCGUCAAGCCGCUCUUUGACAUGGUCAUCAACCCCAAGAGUUUCACACAGACAGUGGAGAACCUGUUUGAUACGUCGUUCCUCGUGCGUAAUAACUCGGCUGAAAUUGGCAUCGACGAUGGAUCUGGCCUGCCGUACUUAAAGAACCAGGAGGGACUGAACGAAGCCAAUCUCCCGCCGUCGACGCAGAGUAUUAUCAGCAUCACGCCGGCGCAAUGGGAGCAGCUUGCGAGUGUGACCGGACGAGAGGAACCUCUUCUUGGUCAUCGAUCGUAG